GGAUUGGCUGUUGCAUGGAUUUUCCAGUCCGAAGAGCGAAAGAUCGAGCGACAGCGAUGGCGCCGGCCGACAUGAGUGCGAUGACGGACGCCAUGCAGGAUGAGCUCGUGAACUUUGUCAUGGCCUACGCAGGCGCGCCUCAGGACCAUGACGUGGCGACGUUCGCCUCGGGCUUUGCAGCCGCUCACAACAUGAACCUUACACCACUCAAGCACAUUCUCCAAAACACACUGGCGAUCCUUUCGACCGCCAUCACCGAGCAGGCGUCGCCUAACGAUCUCGUCGCAGCACUUUUGGCAGCAGGCGCGAAUGAAGCUACAGCUAAGCGCUUUGGCGCGCGAUGGACGGCGACAGCCGAUGUAUCGUGCCGCAGUCUCCAGCUCGUCCACGCAGACUUCAUCGACAUGACGUGGAAGCUUGGCAUCACGACGGCCACGAGCCUCUUGCCAUCGGUCGGUGCUCCAUUUGUCGUCUUGACAUUUGUUCUGCAGCCGCGCGGUACGGCGCUGCGGUCGACCGAGGCGCUGGAGCUGUCGCUGCCCAUGUUUUACCAAUUCCUCGCCAACGUCGAGGCCCUUCAAGCCCAUUUGUCGUUUCUCCAGAUCUAAUCUAGUCUGAACCACUCUACUUCGUGCCGCUGGCUGGCCUCAUCACACUAGA